AUGCCCUCGUCCAAGGUGAGCUUCCCGCUGCCGAAAAACUACUUCGGCCACGUUCAGGUCACGUCUGCGCAGAGGAUCGAGUACGAGUCGCUAAUACAGCGGAGACUCGACGCGCUGCUGGAGGACGAACGCCACUACAUUGAGCGGAGGGCGAACAAACUGCCGUGUCUCCCACCCGCAGACUGGAAGUACGUGCGGUCGUACGAUGAGCUGAAAAUCUACAGGUGGAGACGGCGCGGUCGCUCGCUGGAGGAAGUUGCGGCCGAGGAGGACUUCCCUGAGGCGGUGCAGGCCGUACAUGACAGACAACCGAGCAUUGUCGCCACGGGCAGCAUUGCAGGCACUGUGGAGAACCUGUUCUAUGGGCUAUCGGACACCAACUACGAGGAGAUGCGGGCCACGACGUCCUUCUUGGACGCAGGCACGGACUCGGCUAUCCUCCGGAUCUUCGAGCUGGCCACACCGGAAGACCCGCUGCAUUUCUUCGGACUCAAGUGGCUGUACAAUGCCUCGGCUCCGAUCAUCGAGGCGCGCGACGUUUGCUACCUCCAGGCCAUGGUGGACAUCCCCGAGUGUCCGCCAUUCGAUCACUCGGCCAAAGUCCUGCGUGGCAAGCUCUUCUUCUCCUGCAUAUUCCGUGACACUGCUCCAGGGGUAGUUAACGUUGUGCUUCGAGGCGUCUUCGAUACUUCUGGUGAGUUACGGGGACUGUCGAUUCCCUACGCUUCGCUGAUACCCUACGCCACCGCAGCGUUCGUCGGAGGAUUGACUAAAGCUGUGAGCUGUGCCGAGGCCAAGAAGCUCACGCUGUUGGCUCGAUAUAAUGCCGUUUCCGGCAAGAAUCGCGACGCGUUGAACGUGGACGAGGACAAUCCGAAGCACGGCUUGUGCUCUGUUUGCAUUAGGCGCGUGGGGACGGGCUUGCUCUCGUGUGUGAAGCUUCGGUGGUGUCGGAUCUGUGGCAUCGCAGUGUGCUCCAAGUGCCGCGUUAAGGGCAAGCGCGUCUUCCUGGGCAACAACAAGCCGCACACGCCCUGCGUGUGCUGCCCGAACUGCGCGCAGGAGGCUCGACACAUGACCGGCAUGCCGGAGUACGCAGUGGUGGCUGAUUACUUUAUGGAGUCAUUUUGGGAUACUGCGCCUCUAGCUGAAGACGCGACGCUGCUGAGCUCUCCGUUGCAAUGGGAGGGGCCCGUGAAGGAGUCUGUCGCUGUGUUCACCGACUGGAAGGAGCAUCGACCAGGUCUCUUGGCGGCUGAGAACUGGAACUCGUCCCUGAAUCCGACGACGACACUAACAGAUUCCGAUUCACCUCGAGCUCGGAUGAAGCGGAUAGUUACUACGUAUUCUAUAGCCCUGUGUCGUCCAGCAUGCAAAAUCGAAUUUCGGGUUGAGCAGCAACGAUGGUAG